CCAGUUGAAGGGUCAUUUUUCAUUUCCCAUCUGAUACAAGGAGCCCUCUUAUAAGGGGAAGAAUAGCUGCGUACUAUUUGCCCGAAUAUUCCUGAUCUACCCUACGGCUGGUUAGAUUGACUGAAGAAAACCACGACCAUUGACAAUCUGGGAGCUGAAGUACAUAGAAGUGAUCUGAAAUGAAGCAGUGGGGUGCAAGAUGACAUUGGGCCCUCUGGAUUUCAUCAACACCAGAUCCCAGUGGAAUGGUCUCCUCAGACCCCCGACCUCCUCGCCUGAGAUUUGAGGGGGAACAGGCAACAGAGAUCCAGUAAGUUUCAGGGUGUCUGGAUAUCUAGAAGGACGUAUUAUACAUUCUUGUGAUCUUACUUGACCAAUCCUCAGAAAUGAUACAGAAGGACGUGGGUAAAGGCUGUCUCUGGACCCCCCUGAGGAUUUUUGGAGUGACUAUCUUUAUUUUCAUCUCCCUGGCUGGAAUCGGGGUCACCAUUUGGGCCGUAGUGACGUAUGUACUGAAGAACGAGAACUCUAAUCUGUAUGCAGUCCAGGUGAACCCUCCAGAUCACCGGCUCACCGUAUACGAUGAACAAGGAAAAACAUGGCGGCUGGUUUGCUCUUCUUUAGCCAACGCAGAAGUGGGGAUGCUAAGCUGUGAAGAGAUGGGCUUUAUCAGGUCCAUGAGCCACCAGGUGCUUUCAGUGGAGAUCGCAGGAGCGAACGGCACUUCAGGGUAUUAUUGCAUUCAGACAUCUCUGUUAGGCAUCGCCAAAAGACUUCAUGAUGUGCUGACCGUCUGCGAGUGUCCGAGUGGUCAUUUUCUCUCCGUUCAGUGUCAAGAUUGCGGACGGAGGAAGAUGGCCGUGGACAGGAUUGUGGGGGGACAAGAUGCCGCACUUGGUCAGUGGCCAUGGCAGGUCAGCUUACGGUACGACGGGACCCAUCUCUGUGGUGGCUCCUUGAUAUCCAGUGAGUGGAUCCUCACCUCGGCCCACUGUUUUCCAGAGAGGAACCGCGUGGUGAGUCUUUGGAGCGCGUUUGCUGGGGGCGUAUCGCAUGUCUCCUCCCGCGGAUACGUGCAUAGUGUGAAGAGUGUUAUAUACCACGCCGGAUACUUACCCUUUAUAUACACAGACAGUGAAGAAAACAGCAACGACAUAGCCCUGGUGCAUCUGCUCACCCCGCUCACACUUACAGAGUACGUUCAGCCGGUUUGCCUUCCUGCGCUGGGUCAGCAGAUGGUAGAUGGAAAAGUGUGCACGGUUACCGGGUGGGGUAACACUCAGUAUUAUGGUCAACAGUCGGACAUCCUGCAGGAAGCAUCAGUGCCUAUAAUAAGCAGUGCUGUCUGUAAUCAACCAGAAUAUUAUAACAAUCAGAUCACUGGGAAGAUGUUCUGCGCUGGAUAUCCCGAGGGUGGGACUGACGCUUGUCAGGGAGACAGCGGAGGCCCUUUCGUUUGUGAAGAUACCAUCUCCCGCACUUUAAGGUGGCGCCUGUGUGGAAUUGUCAGCUGGGGGAUAGGCUGCGCUAUGCCAAACAAACCUGGGGUAUAUGCCAAGGUGGAUCAAUACCAACACUGGAUUUACAGAGCCAUGAAGACCAAAUCUGAAGAGACUGGAAUUCUUGAGAUGCAGUGAAGAAAGAUCAAGCUCUACAGUCUGUCGAGACAAGACAAUUCUGGACUCACGUCUGAUACAAGACGAACAUUUUUUAUUUUUUUUGCAGCAUCUGAAGAACUUUUAGUAAGCGCUAUGAGAGACUAAACCCUAGCCCUUGAUGUCUGUUCUCUUUCUUAUGCCAUGAUGAGAUGUCACUUCAUAAGCUGCUACAAUGUUACAACAUUAGUUACAAAGAACUCAGGUGUAUGAUUAAAUGUCCAUCCGCGGCCAUCGUCAAAUUUAGUAUCAGCUUGCGGUAAAAGCACGCAUACACUUUACCUAUAGUGAUAAAAAAUACUUUGGUACUAUGAUAGUGUUACUUUCAAUAAGGUUAGAUACUUUCUACAAAUUUAGUCAUCUUUUUUGGACUUUCUUCAAGGACUUUGUGUUUUAUAGGAGAACUUUGUCCUUUGUGUAGACGAGGGGAACUACAGAAAUUAAAAUAAUUGCAUCAAGUCAAGACAAGUCUUGAUGAAAGCUUGUCUCCUCUUGACUUGGUUGAGUGAGCUUAGUGGUUGGAUCUCAA